AUGACCGCCGCCACAGAAGCUCCCCGACGGGUAGAAUGGAACGGCAAGCAAGUGCCAGUGUACCCAAUGCAGACCAUUGAUUUUUCGGCUUUGCUGUCUCAGGAGCCCAGCGAGUUGGAGAAAGUCCUGCAAUGCUGCCAAAAGGAAGGCUUCUUCUACCUCGACCUUAACAACGUCGACGGUCGCAGGUUCCUUGAUGAUCAUCAGGAGUUACUGAAGCUCAUGCAUCGUUUCUUCGAUGCACCACUGGAGGUCAAGAACGAGUACGGGCUCAUUAGCCCACAUCUUGGAUACGAACCUGUUGGCUCACGCAACGGUGUCCUCGAAGACACGCGUGAUGGCUACGAAAUGGUCAAAGUUUCCCGUGAUGAAAUCCAACGCGAAUCUCCCCACAUCCCCCGCAACAUCAAGAACAGCUCAGACCUGAAAGUCCUUGAGAAUGCCAUCUCAGGCAACAACAUCAUGUCCAAGGCUAUCCUGGCCGCCCUGUCCUCCGCAUCCGGUCUCACAGGCGCAUCGCGCUUUGAGAACAUGCACCGCAACCAUCGUCCUUCAACCAGCACUCUCGCAAUGAUGCACUAUAUUCCCUCGAACCCAUCAAAGGACGGCAACGUAGGUCACCAGAAGCACACGGAUAUCAGUUCGCUCACCGUGCUGUUUACCGAGCAAUGGGGCCUUCAGAUCCGGCCACCAGGGACCAAGGAGUUUGGAUUCGUUGAGCCGAAGAAGGGCAUGGCUAUCAUUAAUGUUGGUGAUUCGCUUCGCUUUGCAAGCGGACAUACGUUCCAGUCAUGCAUUCAUCGCGUUGUGCCGUUCAACUAUAGCGAGCACCGCUACUCGGUUGCUUACUUUCUUCGCGCCGAAGAUGAGACCAUGUUCCAAGAUAGUGAGGGUAGGUACGUCACUUCGCGCCAGUGGCAUGAUGAGAAAUUCAUGGCGUUCAUUGCUUCGCCGGCAGAUCAGGCAAAGGCACCGAGCUCGCUUUUGCUGGGUGGCAUGAAGGAGGACGAGACUGAUGUCUAUGGAUUGCCAAAGGCUAAGCCUGUGGCGGCUGAGCCGUUGAAGAACGCUGCUGUGGAGGUGACUGCUGUUGAAGUACAUUAG